GAAACACGCGGAUCAGACAGACAACCGAGACAUUUGGACAGCGUCCGCGUUGCUUGCGUAAAGCGCGCGAUUUUAUCAUUCGAGUCAAUCUAAACUGUAGCCUUGACAGCGUUUGCGGAGGAGGCUGCUGACGUCAUUCGCCUCUUGAAUGGAACCGCUACAGCGCCGGUGAUGCUGCUGCUGAUGGAGCCUUUAUUUACACACAACUCUUAAACUGUUUCGCGUCACCUAAAACACACAGACAGUUUACGCUCGAAAAACACGCGAAAACUAAACAUCAGGUUUAAGUCACUUAAACUCGAGAGCGCUGAAACCAUGAGUAUUUGGUCGAUCCGCGGUUCCCUAGCAACCGGACUGAGAAGUUUUGAGGAGAUCGCGGUCAACCCUUCAUCGCUACUGCAUCGCUGGACUUACGGUUUCUUUAUAAGAGCAAAGGUACAGCGCGGUGCUCGAUAUUGUUUGAUUAGGUGCUUUAUAAGCGGCAAACGGGUGGACAAAGAGGAGGUUUCUGAUGACAAUUGGCAUUAUGGACUUAAUUUAGUAAGAGAAAACGGCGAAUUAAUGCGACCUGUUGCGCGUCGUUUAAGCGUCAUCACAACUUCGCUGUUUGAGUGUUGGACAUUCGGACAGUUAAAGUCUCUACCCUCGGUUGACCGUGUGCCCAAAAAUGUUACUGCUUAUGUUCAUCCCAACAAAACUGUUAACGUGGGUGUACGUGCUUCUGCGAAUAGCCGAGCGCGUUUUGAUUCGCAAACUGUCGUGGACGCGUACUUUUCUGCUUCAGUAUAAUCCCGGGCACACGUGAUGCGCAAAUCACUUUCGUGGCAACAGCUCUCAUUUGCCAGAGGAAAAUCCGUGCGUAUUUCUAAACCCAAAGCCUACAGUUUUGGGGCUGUGUUACCGCUUUUACUGUUAUUUUAAAAUACGGACUCUCAUCAGCAGCGGCACCUCUGGCACUCGCUAACUUUUAGCCUUCUUGCGUCGAUUUCGUGCCAGAGCGAAUCGGAAUCUGUGGAAGCCUGAAUGAAUGGGCAUCGCGCUCCGUUAAGGUUCCGAGUGUCAGCAUCCUGCUAGUUUUAUGUGCUUGUCCAGACAGCUGAGGGUUUUUCGUCCUCAUUCGUAUCUCAGUUUUGAAUCAAGAACAAAGAGACAGAAGAGAAGGCGUUUCGUUGGACCGCCGAUGUCGAGGAAACGCAAAACUCCAGACGACGGUGGCGGUGGGGAGUUUGAGGGCGCAGAGGAUUCCCUUCAGCAAGGUUUGACGGAUGAGAAAGUGAAGGCUUAUCUCUCCCUUCACCCGCAGAUGCUGGAUGAGUUUGUUCUGGAGAGCGUGAGCGCAGAGACGGUAGACAGAUGGUUGAAACGGAAGAGCAGCAGCCAGCCUGCAGAUGAUUCCCCGGAUAAAGAAGUCAGCAGGCAGUAUCAGGACACGGAUAUGCAGAGCGUCGUAUAUGAGCUAUACAGCUACAUGGAGCAGCGACUGGACACUGGAGGAGACAACAAACUACUGCUCUAUGAGUUGUGCAACAUCAUCAAAACAGCCACUAAAGGUGAUGGAUUUGCACUUUAUUUCCUUGGAGAAUGCAACAAUAGUUUAUGUUUGUUUACUCCGACGGGGGCAAAAGAGGGGCUUCCUGGGCUCAUCCCCUCUGGUCCUAUCACGUUUGGGACCACCAUCGCUGCUCACGUUGCAAAGACACGCAAGACACUACUUGUGGAGGACAUCAUGGGGGAUGAGAGGUUUCCUCACGGCACAGGGCAGGACUCAGGGAUCCAUGUUCAUUCUGUUUUAUGUCUACCCAUCCUCACCGCCAUCGGAGACCUCAUCGCCAUCCUGGAGCUGCACCGCCACCGGGGCAGAGAGCCCUUCAACCUCAGUCACCAGGAGGUUGCAACGGCAAAUUUGGCCUGGGCGUCUGUAGCCAUACAUCAGGUUCAGGUCUGCAGAGGUCUUGCCAAACAGACUGAACUCAAUGAUUUUCUUCUAGAUGUGUCAAAAACGUACUUUGACAACAUAGUGGCAAUAGAUUCUCUACUUGAACAUAUCAUGAUAUAUGCAAAAAACCUGGUUAAUGCGGACAGAUGUGCGCUCUUCCAGGUGGAUCAUAAUAACAAAGAGCUGUAUUCUGACCUGUUUGAUAUCGGCGAGGAGAACGAAGGGAAACCUGUCUUUAGGAAAACCAAAGAAAUCAGGUUUUCUAUAGAGAAAGGAAUUGCAGGUCAGGUGGCAAGAACGGGAGAAGUUUUGAAUAUUCCAGAUGCCUAUGCAGACCCUCGUUUCAACAGAGAAGUAGAUCUCUACACUGGCUACACGACACGAAACAUCCUGUGCAUGCCUAUAGUGAGCCACGGGAGUGUGAUCGGCGUCGUACAGAUGGUGAAUAAACUGGGAGGAAGUGCCUUCACGAAAACCGAUGAGAACAACUUUAAGAUGUUUGCUGUCUUCUGUGCUUUGGCCUUACACUGUGCAAAUAUGUAUCACCGGAUAAGACAUUCAGAGUGUAUUUACCGGGUGACAAUGGAAAAGCUUUCUUACCACAGUAUCUGCACGUCAGAGGAGUGGAAGACUCUCACACAGCUCUCACUCCCUUCACCUGUAUAUAAAGAGAUUGAACUGUUUCACUUCGACAUCGCACCUUUUGAGGAGCUUUGGCCUGCGAUCUUUGUGUACAUGGUUCACAAUUCAUGCGGGAAAAGCAGCUUUGAGCUGGAGAAACUGUGCCGCUUCACUAUGUCAGUGCGGAAGAACUACAGACGAGUGCCAUAUCACAACUGGAAACACGCGUUGACGGUAGCACACUGUAUGUAUGUCAUCCUUCAGAAGACCUCGGGGAUCUUCACUGAACUUGAGAGGAAAGGUCUGCUGAUCGCCUGCUUAUGUCACGACCUGGACCACCGCGGCUACAGUAACAGUUAUCUGCAGAAGUUCGAUCAUCCGCUGGCUGCCCUGUACUCCACCUCCACUAUGGAACAGCAUCAUUUCUCCCAGACUGUGUCCAUCCUGCAGCUGGAAGGGCACAAUAUUUUCUCCAACCUGACUUCCAGUGAGUAUGAGCAGGUUCUGGAGAUCAUCAGGAAGGCCAUCAUCGCUACGGACCUGGCGCUGUACUUCGGCAAUCGCAAGCAACUGGCUGAGCUGCUGACCACUGGGGGGCUGGACCUGAACAACCGAGUGCACAGGGACCGUGUGAUCGGUCUGAUGAUGACUGCAUGUGAUCUUUGCUCCGUUACCAAACUAUGGUCCGUCACACGCCUCACGGCCAAUGACAUCUACGCUGAGUUUUGGGCUGAGGGGGAUGAGAUGAAGAAAAUUGGAAUACAGCCCAUCCCUAUGAUGGACAGAGAUAAAAAAGAUGAGGUUCCCCAGGGACAGGUGGGGUUUUACAAUGCUGUGGCUAUUCCCUGUUAUAUGACCCUGUCAGAGCUGUUUCCUCCCUCCGAUCCUCUGCUAACAGCCUGCAGGGAAAAUCUGUCCCAGUGGGAACGAAUUGUGCGAGGAGAGGACGUCGCUGCGUGGGCUUCCACUGAUGAAGCUGAACUGAGCGAGACCUCAGACAGUGGACCUGUCAAAGUGGACAACUGAAUCUGUUUGUGUGUAUGUGUGUGUGCGCGCCCCACAGCAGCACCUACAGCCUGCCAGACACAUUGAACUUCCUGUGGACAGUCCCACUUCCUGUAGAGACGGGAGGAAGUGAAUAGGGCAGGCGAGGACGGAUAUAUUGUGAAAGAUAAACAAACACAUAAUGUUUCCUCAGUGGGUGACGGAGGUGAACGCUCUGAAGACAUCAGGGCUGGCUGGGACUCAAAUUCACCCUGCGUGGAAAGCAGAACGGGGACGGCGGUACUUUUGCUUAGGAGGUCGCUUUUGCAUCUUUCGAUUUAGAUGAUUCUUUUUCAUUUUGAUGAGUUUCUUUGGUCUUGCAUUUGAAGAAGCCUUAAAAUAUGAACCAGUCGGGCGACUCUAGUUUCAAACGGUACCUUUGAUCCUGCUGUUCUGAAAAAGUUGUACGCUGAGUGCUAGCAUUUUUGGCAGAAAGACAGAAGGAACGUGGAGUCAAACGUAAGGAGCACGAGGCAAGGGAACUCCGUCGCUCUCGUAGUCUGAUGGAUUGAUGUUUUAUGUGAUAAUGUUUUGCAGUACUUGAAUGAAGAAAUACAGCCGAUUCUGUGUGGAGUUGAAAACAUUAAACCCCCUGCAGCUCAUCUGUCCAAAGCAAAGAGCUUUUGUGAUGGCACGAGUUAUGUCAUCCUGAACCUCGCUGGAGUCACACGCAAGUCACGGCCCAUCGGCAGCAUCUUCAAACCAGAUAUGAGACUCAGCUUACCCUGUUUUCUUUAACUCGUAUGGGACCUUAAAGGGAUAGUUCACCCAAAAAUGAAAUUUCUGUCAUCAUUUAAUCACCAGCUUUUCGAAUCAAACCUGUGUUACCUUCUUCUGCAGAAAACAAAAGAUCGUAUUUUGAAGAAAAAAGUUGGUCCCCAUUCACUUCUAUUGAAUGGACACAAAACCAAUGCAAGUCGAUGGGGACCAAUAGUUUUCUGUUAACAACAGUCUUCAAAAUAUCUUCUUUUGUGUUCUGCAGAAGAGAGAAAGCCAUACAGGUUUAAAUUUACUCGAGGGUGAAUAAAUGAUGACAGAACUUUCAUUUUGGGGUGAACUAUCCCUUUAACGGUUCAUAUCAUGAGCAUUAAAGAAAAAUCCUUCAUCUGAGAUGAGUGUUUGAUGUAGUUCGGAAACAUAGUUGUAAGUUUAAAUCCUGCAAACGUCCUACUAAAAAGAGUGUGAAAUUAGGAUGUAAAAACGACACCGCAUCUAUCUCAACUUUGACUUCAAAUAAAUAGAUUUGAAUACAUGCAAGCGCGACAACAUUUACAUGUCAACGAUAUCCAUUUAGUGUUCAGAAAAGUUGAAAAGAGGCUGUGUGAACAGAUAUCAUCAGAUCACAACUGCCUGAUUAAUUCCCAAUGUCGGAGACAGGUCGGAAAGUAGAUUUACUGUAAAAAUAACUGUAAAUUAAAAAAAUAACAUUAUUAGUGUACCCUUGAGAAAGAUCUCAUUAAAAAUGUAUUAAAUAGACCCCUUAAAAUGACUGUAAAUGAAACGCAUAGGAAGACUUGAAAAAUUAUAAACAAUACCACACCAUAUAAUACCAGCCAUUAUUUUUGCAUAUGUGCAUAUUUCUAAUAAAAUUAAAUGACUAACCAUGCACAAAAAUAGUUGCACACAAACAGAUCAGUUACUUGAUGAUGCAAAUGUGAUUUCAUCAUAGGAGGAAAUUACAAAACAAUUUGUUAUUACAUUUUGUACUACAAAUCAACUUUAAACGGUUUCAACUCCUCACUGUCUUGACUGUAUAUUCAUUAAUAAUAUUAAUAAGCGAUAAUUGACAAAACAAGUGUUAAGAGGAUAACUAUUAAUACAUAUCACACGAGAUGUGUAUAAACUUUAGUAAAAAUACACUGCCUUUCUGAAUGACUUCAGUUAUGUAGCAAAUAAUCAACUCUUUUGUUAAGCCGCAUAUAAACUACACUACUAACCGAGCAGCCUUAGCAACUGUUGUCAUCCGCCUGUUGUGUUGUACAAGAUUUUGCUUUUUUUAUAAAAGUAUGUGAACAUCCUGCGUGUCUUUGUAAAUUUAAAUACUGUAACAUAUUGAAGAAAGCAUCCAAAAUAGAAAAAAAUCUUGGGCACUUAUUGUGAGCCUCUUCCAAAGCUUUAAAUAAAUUCUCUUCACCACAUUCGCUUCUGAAUGAAGGUUGAUUAAACAGCAGGUACGUGUAAGAUGGAGCUUACUGUCCUCAGCUGCUUGUGCAGGAAUUUCUCCAAUUUAUUCUUCUGGCUGUUCUGUAAAGGAAGCAAUGUGGGCGGGGCUUAGGAAAGGGUCAAUUCAAAAUGUAUCUGACGCUGACAAUCGCACACCUUGAACAGUAUGAAGUAUUCCAUCUAGAUUAUACCAUGCCUGUGGCUACAGAUCCGAGAUUUCAGGAUGUUGAUAUCUGCUCGAGGAUGAAAUUCAAGUUGCCGUUACAAGUUUUCUUAUAUAUUUCCUUUGUUUUAAUAACCUGCUAUUUUUGUUUGGACCUGUUGGAGGUCCCUGCAGUCUCUGUGGACAGUGACCGAGCUCUGACUGAUGAUGGCCUUUCUGUAUAUACACUGCAGGACUGAUGAGUGAAUGUAAUCAAUACUGUCACAAACUGCUUCAAGAUGCCUGCUUGUUUUUUAAGUGUACCAAAGGUGUACACCGUGAGAUAUGGGAGUCUUAUUAAUGGCUUCCAAUGGUUGCGUGGGCAUGCCACAUGCGCUGUGUGUGGAGAUAUUUGUAGGCUACAUUCUAAUGGUGCUAUCUUAGGCAGUCAUGCACUUUCUGACUGUGUGUGUUUGUGUGUGUGUGUGCGUGUGUGCGUGUGUGCGUGUGUGCGUGUUCGCUCUGGACUAAUGCAAUCAACUUCACCCACAGAGUCAGUGUCCCGCAUCAUCCCCAACCUGUCAUCUUUCCUCUCAUAUGCACUAUGUUUAGAGACUAUUAUUAUUGUUAUUAAUAUUAUUGCUCCUGUUGUAUUUUUUGCCACAGUUAUUGAUUAUUACCAUUGUUAUUUUGUUAGAUUUACAUUUUAAAUUAACUUAUAUUUUUUAUACAAAAAGUUUAGCAUUAUUGUUUUGUACAGAACAAAUUGUACAUUGUGGAAUAAAGCAAAUGGUAAUUUAGAGCCACUGCAUACUGUUGCCCGAGAUAAAUGUCUCAACUCUAAAUGUAUGAGCAGUAACUACUUUUAUUAAAUAUUUCUGACAAAUCUAA